AAGGUAUUCCCCCGUCUGGCCCUCGUGCCCUAGCACGGCGAUUUGCCAUCUGAAUCAUACCCUACACUGGUGCGGGCGUGCGGCGGCUCCUCUUGCGCAGCCGGGUAUUCCCGGCGAUGUCUGAGCGUCGGCGGCGUGGCCACUGCAUCUCGGCGGCAGAUGGAGAGGGUGUCAAACGGUGCACGGAGGUGGCGAGCGGCAACCUGUUUGAUAUCUCAUGCAUUUCUUUCCUCACCAAGUUCCCUAUUAAGGCGAAGGCCGUGUCCGGGAGGGAUUCCAAACAAUUUCCAGACAAAAAGAGAGACAGUCUUCGAAUUCACCUAUCGAUUCCCACAUUAACAGAGGCCGUGUCCGAAUUCAUCUCGGUAUACCAGAGGAAGGGGAAUUUGAAGGUAUACCAGAGGAAGGGGAAGAAGAAGAAGAGGGUGCUGCCGCAGCAGCAGACUUUCGAGCUGCCGGACGAGAUUGUCUGGGAGAUCAUGAUCCGGCUGCCAGUGGAAUCCCUGGCGAGAUUCAAAACCGUCAGCAAGGCCUGGCUUGCCAUCAUUUCGGAUCCUUCUUUUGUUCGCGCGCAUCUCCAGUGCUCCAAGCAGAAACAGCACCGCAACCCAUCACAUUUCCUCAUCAACCCCAAGUUUCUUUUGGAAAUAAGUAAUGCCGAUGCUUUUUCCACCAACAUCCAGUUCUACCAGUGGUGUUUACAAGAAAACAUGAUGAGGAGUACUGCAACACUACUGUACGGGAGACACUUCCCUACCAGCGAGUUUGGGAGAGUGUCCGAUAUGGCACAUUGUGAUGGCUUGAUGCUGCUCCCCACCGACACCAAGGUCUACGUCUUCAACCCAGCCACAAAGGACACCAUUGCACUGCCAGAGAGCCAGCGCAACAUGAUGUGGCAUCACAGAUGUCUCCCCGUCGGCUUGGGCCUUGAUACUUCCACCGGCAAAUACAAGGUCGCACGCUCUUUCUACCGCUCCCGUUGUUCUGAUCCCGUGGAGAUCGUUGCGAUGGGGAUGGAGGUCUUCACCAUCAAUGGCAAACACGGCUCUUGGAGGGAAACUUUGGUUGAUCCACCCUACCCAAUCUUGAGUUCACAGGCUGCCACACACUACAAGGGAUGUUUAUUCUAUUCUAUUGAUAAGAACAAUCUGCAGCGGCCCCCGCACGGGUUAGUGCGUUUCAGCCUUGCAGACGAAACAUUUGGUGUCACUCCAUUGAUCACAAACAUAUACCCUGAAGUUGACCAUGACGAUUUUUUUAUUAGUGAGUUUGAUGGGGAGCUAUGCUGUACUUACCUCUGCAGCCAUCUGCAACGGGUAUUGGUCUUCACAACAAGAGGUGUAGACCAUCCAAAAUGGAGUUUACGUUAUUUGAUAAAUGUCCAAUCGCAUUUCUAUCCACUGGUCCCACUUGGCAGCGGUAGGAUCCUUUUGCGCGGAGGUAACUGUCUCCUCGGUUACAAUUUGGAAGCUUCCGAAAUAGAAGUAGGUGAAAGAUUCGAUAUGGAUGAAAUAAGGUACCUUGCUCCUUCUCAAGACACCUUGGGGCGUGCAUGGGAAAAUGUAUUGUGGUUUGACUUGAUUUCUUACACGGAAAGCCUUGUUCCAGUUACACCUAAGCUCCUCAACCACAUCGAUACAAGUGAGGCAUGCAGCAGACAGACUUCUUAACUAAGUUUCAGAGGAAUGCCGGGUUUGUUGCCAAUGGUGUGGCAAAGAACCUGAAUAAAGUUGGGACCUAGAUCAAAGACACAAUUGGUGAUAUGAUGUACCCGGACCGGAAGCGUCCCAAAUAGAACAUAUGCCUGUUCUCUAUAGAUCUUGCAGGGGAUUUAGACACUAGAACCAGCGGGAGCAUGAGAUCAAUCACUCCUCCAGACACCCGGAAUAGAAGUAGCAUUCUGUAGUUUUGUUGGUUUCAGAAGCUCUAGAAAAAUGGUGACGAGAUUUGACUCAUUUCAGUGUUACAAAAAACAACCACUUGGACACUGAUUGUAGGGGCAUAAUAUUGUGUUCUCCACUUGGCCCCACUGCUCGCCCAAUUGAUUGUUGUUUCGCUGGGUGCAUGGGUUCCUCCAGUAGUGUACAGGAUGUCAAGUAAUAAGACAAACAAAACCCGUUUUGUGUCUUCUGAUAAUAACAUGAGAGCGGCAUCGGAAGCCUCAAUGCUGUUUCUUAA